AUGGCGUCUGGCACCUCCAUGUACAAGGUCGAUAGAGGUCGCAAGGUUGUGGCAAGCUUCUCGACCGAUGACAGUUUCCCUAUUAGUGGCAUGACAGGGGAAUGCGAUGCCCCGUCACUUUACAGGAGCAGCUCUGUUGAAAGAUACGUUGUACUAUUCGAGCCUCCUCCCGAGCUGACCCUGAUGCGGUCUGUGCCAGGCAACUCUAUCCUGAUGUAUCAAACCUUUCAUCAUGAAGUAUGGAAGGACUAUGAAAGGAGACUCGUUCGAUAUGAAAAGAGAUAUGAGCUUAACAAUAAGUCCUAG